AUGAAUUUCGACUUACCACCAGAAUUAACUGCUUAUGUCGAGUCCAUUGACUCCUUCAUCAAAUCCGACAUCCUCCCUCUGCAGUAUUCAAACGACAAUAACCGCUUCUUCGAUCACCGACGGGAAUACACCCGCACCGACUGGGAGAAUGGCGGAAUCCCAUCCAAACAAUGGGAGGACCUACUCCAACAAGCCCGUGUUCUCGCCCAAAGGAAUGGAUUCUACAGCUUCGCCCUCCCAAAACCAUACGGCGGAUCAGGACACCCACACACCAACCUAUACAUGUCCGCGAUCCGCUUCCACCUCGCCUCCCACCCAACCUACGGAGGAGGGAUAGGGCUAGCCAACGAUCUCCAGAACGAACACAGUAUAGUCGGCAACUUUCCCGAUCUCCUCAUGCUGCACCACUUUGGUAGUGAUGCGCAGCGGGACACGUACAUUCCCGCCCGGCUAAGGGGGGAGUUUCGCGUGACGUUCGGCCUGACGGAGCCUGGACACGGGAGUGAUGCGACGUUUAUGGAGAGUGAGGCGAAGGCGGUGCGAGGGGGGUACGAGAUAUCUGGGGUGAAGAAGUGGCAGACGGGAGCGCAUGCCUGUACGCAUUUGAUUAUCUUUGCGAGAACGGGGGGGAAGGAUGGCGAGGGGAGGGGGGUUACGGCGUUUAUUGUGCCUCGGCAGACGGAGGGGGUGAGGGUUGUUAGUUAUGAGUGGACGCUGAAUAUGCCGACGGAUCAUGCGACGGUGGAGCUGGAUCGAGUGUGGGUGGGAUCGGAUGCGGUGCUGGGGAAGGUGGACGAGGGACUGGCGGUGGCGCAGACAUUUGUGCAUGAGAAUCGCAUUCGACAGGCGGCGAGUUCGUGUGGUGCGGCCAAGUACUGUCUGGAUAGGAGUGUGGAGCGGGCGAGAGAAAGAAGGAUUUGGGGAGGGAAGAGGCUGGCCGAGAACCAGGCGAUACAGUUUCCUGUGGUUGAGCUGAUGACGCAGGUGGAGAUGUUGCGGUUGCUCAUCCUCAAGACAAGCUGGGAGAUGGAUCGCAUUGAGGGUGAUCGGCCGUGGGUGGAGACUGAGAGAAGACUCAGCGAUAAAGUUGCCAUGUGUAACUACUGGGCGAAUCGGUUGGUGUGCCAGGCUGCAGAUGAGGCUAUUCAGAUACACGGGGGCGAUGGAUACUCGCGACACUACCCAUUCGAGCAUAUAUAUCGCCAUUUCCGACGAUAUCGCAUCACCGAAGGAGCAGAAGAGAUCCAGAUGCGCAAGAUUGCUGCGUAUCUUUUUGGCUUUGGGCCGAAAGAGAAGCUUUGA